AUGCGGAGAGGCGUCAAGCGUGCGGCCCGCGCAGGGAACGACGGUGUUCCCGUUACCCGCAGGCGACUGCGUGAUCGAGCGGAGGAAGAGGCGGAGGAGAAGAAAAGGCGGCUGCAGCAGGAGGCCGUCGCAGGGGGCCUUGCGCUCAAGAGCGAGGAGGAGGAGUGGGAGGACACAACUGACGAUGAACAGGAGGAGGACGGCAGUGUAGACGAGGGACUGGACGGGAUGAUGGAGGAGGAGAUAAUCGACGAGGGUGAGGAUGAAGACGAGGAUUACGCCGAGUUCCAGCGUGAGGCGGAUGCGGUGACGAAAGGCCUUAGACGCAUAACAUUUGACGAUAGUGCGCUGCAGCAGCAGCAACUGAAUGAGGGGGGCGAUGAUGGUGAGGAGGCCGUGCCUACUGUCUGGCGCAGCGACCAGGCAGAGGAAGGGCCGCAGCAGCUCGUUUACUCCAACAAGGCGUAUGACUCCUUUUUUCAGUUGCGCACUGAAUACCCGUCUCUCUCCUUUGAUGUGCUGCGGGACAGAGACACCGCGAAUCACAGCAAGUACCCGCUCUCACUCACGCUGGUGUGCGGUUCACAGGCAGACGAGCUCUCCAAGAAUCAACUCUACGUGUUGCGCAUCCAAAAUAUUUGCCGGACGAAACACGAUGGUGACAGUGACAGCGAGAGCGACGACAGCUACAUUGGAGAUGAGGGGGAUAGCGAAGAUGACGUGGAUGAGGACGAGGGCGUUGAAUUCAACAACGGUGAGCCCAUUGUGCAGCAUCGGACCAUUUCUCACUACGGCACAGCAAAUCGUCUCCGUUGUGCCCAUCACAAUACAAACUUAGUGGCCGUAUGGUCCGAUGCCGGGCAUGUGCAGGUGUUCGAUCUGGAAAAUGACGUCAACAUGUUGUGUGAUUACGCGAACUGGGCGAAGAAACAGUUAAAAAAUCCCGUGCAGAAAAAGCCCUCUGCCUUAGUCUUUUGUACUCCAUCAAAAGCACACAGAACAGAAGGGUAUGGAUUGGACUGGAGUCCCGUUGCGCAGAACGUCUUUGCCUCUGGAGACUGUGGGGGAAAUUUGUUCGUGUGGCAGCCUUCUGAUGACGGUCGCUGGCGGGCAGCUGCCAGCAACACAAGCGAUACACAAACGCCUUCCAUUGAGGAGAUUCAGUGGAGCCCCACACAGUCCGAUGUACUCAUCACCACUCGUGUCGGCGGCGUGGUGGAGGUGUGGGACACCCGUGACAUGCGGAAAAGUAAGAUUCACUGGCAAGCUGACUCCACGGACAUCAACGUUGCGGAUUGGAACAGGGCGCGACAAGCUUCACACCUGCUAGUCACUGGUGCUGAUAGCGGUGCAGUUGCCGUGUGGGAUCUCCGCAAGGUCUCUGCGGCCACUCCAAUUCAGCGGUUGCCGUGGCACAGGGGAAGCAUCACAUCGGUGGAAUUUUCUCUGCACAAUGAGAGUGUGUUGCUCGUGACCGGAGACGAUGGUCAGUGCACACUGUGGGAUCUCAGCCUUGAGCGCGAUCCUAGUGAGGAGAAGGAGGUGAUUGGUGAGCUGUUCGGGCGACCGGACCUGACCGGCGUUCCUGACCAGCUGAUGUUUCAGCACCAAGGGCUUGAACACCCGAAGGAGGCCCACUGGCAUGCACAGGUCCCCGGCAUGGUGAUUACGACCGAUUACUCGGGGCUGCACCUAUUUCGGCCCAUGAACUGGCGUUCGCUCAUGAAGUAG